AUGGGCGACGAGAAAUCAAAGUACGAAUUCCUUCCCAUCCCUUCCUACGAAGAAGCCACCUCCUCCCAUCCUGUCUCCUCCCAAUCUCGCAUCGGCCCAGAAGAAGUCAGCGAUGAUGCCGAGAGACAAGGUCUCCUCAGCCACGACUCUGGCCGGCAGGCUCGGGAGUCAAGAUAUCCGGGAAACUACCAGCCACCAAUGGUAGAGUCGGCACGAUCAAGUCUUGAAUUCCCCCCUUCGACAAAUGGGGGUAGUUCUGCGCGUGGAUCGACGGAGGAACUACGGUGGGAGUUGGAGCAGAUGGAUGUGGAAGAUCCAGGAGAAGAAUCCUCUGCGUCGGCAUCGCGGUCUUCAUUCUCGAAACGCUUUACGUAUUUCAAAAGGACACUGUCCUCGAUACAUCUACCGUUGCAGAAAUAUAUACCCAAGUUCAAUUUCAAAGUGUUCUCGUGGAUGAACCAUCAACAUUGCAUCAUAAUAUUAAGACUGAUUGGAUUGCUCUUUGUCGUGGGGAUUAUCUACGCCCUUAUGGUUUCUGAUGUCUUCAGCUUCUCUCGCAGGUUAAAUAUUGGCCAGAUGUACGAGCCGGAGUCGGUACGGCUAUACGUCCAGAGCCAUAUUAACGAGUCUUCAAUUGCCGAGUAUCUUCAGGUUAUGACAAAAUUCCCUCAUGUUGCUGGGACUGAAGGGAAUUAUGUUUUGGCACAGUGGAUCGAAGAGAAAUUCAAGUCUUCGCUUAUGGACGACGUUACGAUUGAGAGAUUCGAUGUAUACCUAAACUAUCCCAAAGAGAAUGGACGAAGGAUCGCCAUCAUAGAUCCACCAGAGCUCGCAUGGGAGGCCAAAAUCGACGAAGAACAAGCAUACAGGAGCCCUUCGCAAGAGCAGUCUCUCGUGUUCCACGGACAUUCGAAAUCCGGUAAUGUUACAGGCCAUCUUGUAUAUGCGAAUUACGGAUCACGGACAGAUUUCAAGGCGCUCUCUGAUAUGGGUGUGAAUUUGAACGGUUCAAUUGUCCUGGUUCGAUAUUAUGGCACUCAGCGCGACGGUGCAAUGAAAAUAAAAGCUGCUGAAUUGGCUGGAGCUGCUGGGUGCAUUAUCUAUUCCGACCCCGCUGAGGAUGGGUUCGUCCAAGGCCCAACGUGGCCAAAGGGGCGAUAUAUGCCUAGUGAUGGGGUGCAGCGAGGAAGGGUGAGUACGACGUCUUGGGUAGUCGGUGACGUAUUGAGUCCCGGAUGGGCGUCUCGGCCUAAUGAAAAAAAGAGACUCCAUCCGGAGGACAGUAAGGCGCUUCCUAAAAUCCCUAGCAUCCCCAUUGCGUGGCGUGAUGCUCAACCGUUGUUGAAAGCGCUUCGGGGUCAUGGAAAGAAGGUCCCCAAGGAAUGGGUGGGAGGAGUCCCAGAAGUUGGGGAGUGGUGGUCUGGCGAUCCAUCAUCACCGAAGGUCAACCUUAUAAAUAUCCAGGAUGAAGUGGAGCGCCAACCGAUAUACAAUGUAAUCGGCAGAAUAGUUGGAAUCGAACAGUCUGAAAAGAAGAUUAUUGUUGGCAGCUCUCGAGAUGCAUGGUGUUUUGGGGCUGCGGAUUCAGGAGGCGGAAGUGCAGUCCUUCUUGAAGUGGCCAGGGUGUUCGGAAAGCUACGUGCCCAUGGCUGGCGACCACUACGGACUAUCGAGUUCGCCAGUUGGGAUGGAGAGGACUAUAAUCUGAUCGGAUCCACCGAGCACGUCGAAAACGAUAUCGAUGAUCUCCGCCGCAACGGCUUUGCCUAUGUUAACGUCGAUGUUGCAGUGUCAGGCACCAAAUUCCGCGCUGCCGCAUCCCCUGUCUUCGAGCGCAUCCUCCUACAGAUCCUCAAACGUACUUCAGAUCCAGUCACGAACGAAACACUGCGGUCCCUAUGGGAUAAACACGGGUCCAAACUCGAAGCCCUAGGCGCAGGAAGUGACUAUGUUGCCUUCCAAGAUAUUGCAGGCAUGUCGAGCAUCGACAUUGGCUUCACUGGCGACCCCUACCCUUUCCACAGCUGCUACGACAAUUACGAUUGGAUGGCCACAGUUGGCGACCCGGAUUUCCAAUACCACAAAGUUCUUGGGCAGAUUUGGGCCUUGCUCCUCCUCGAACUUUCAGAUAGCCCGAUCCUCCCCUUUGAGAUGGAAACCUACUCCUCCGCCGUCACGAAAUAUGUCUCCGAUCUGGAAAGUUAUACCAAAUCCAAAAAUGUUCCCUUCCUACACCCUCGAGGCCAAUAUCGACCGCCUGAUAAAGGCAAUGAGGGCGUUAAGAAACCCCUCCCGGAUCCAAACGUGGUUAACAUGCAGCCUCUGCAUGAUGCUGCAAAGGUAUUCCGUGAAAAUGCCGCUUCGUUCCGUCGGUGGGGAUACAAUUGGAAUGCAACACUUGUGUCUUCCGGCGGCUAUGAAAGCAGUGCCAUGGCCAUCAGACGCAUGAGCCAUAAUAGCCACAUGACCUACUUUGAAACUCAUCUUUUGGAUCUAGAAAAAGACGGCGGAAUCCCAAACCGAACACAAUUCAAACAUGUCAUCUUCGGACCGCAGGCAUGGUCGGCCCAAGAUGCUGCAAUCUUCCCCGCAAUACGUGAUGCUAUCGAUUCCGGGAACUGGACAGAGACGCAGAGAUGGAUAGACAGGGUAUCUAAGAUCCUUACUGAUGCCAGCAUAGGGCUCAGUAUCUGA